CGCGCGGCCUGCUCGCUGCAGGCUGCACGGUGCAUGGUGCAUGCAACCUCGUGCAUGCAGCUGCAGCCCGCUGCCACCCCAGCUCUCCCGCCGCCCCGCCCCCUAGAGGCCGUCGCCUGAACCUGCUCCACCUCCCCAUCCGCCCCUUUUCCUCCCCGACCGGUCCUGGGCAGCAGGGACGGGCUGAAAAUCGGGCAGCCGGGAUCGAGCUGAAUCCCACCAACUCUGCCGGCCUUGAACCACGUCGAGGUUUCCCAGGUGUGACCACCGGCUCCAAAGCAGGCUUCUGAUAUUUCUUCAGCUGAAUCUCUAUCUGGUGAAACCAUGUCAUCCAGAUUAAAUAAAUGGGUAACCUGCAUCUAUUUUGUGCUGACAUGUACGUUUUACAAGUUGACAGCAAGAAAUCCAGGUACUCUUUUGGAGCUAACUCCUCAGAACUAUUUCAGCACUUUACAACCAGGAAAAGCCUCCCUUGUUUAUUUUAGUCAAGGUGUGUCUCCAACUACUAUGGCAUUUCUUGAACAAUUGACUAACUCCAUCGAACCUCUCCAGGAAUAUGGGAUUUCAGCUGCAAAGGUUAUUUGUGAGUACAAAGAAACAUCAAAAUACUGUGGAAAAGAAAGCAGUUUGAUGAAGGCCUACUUGUUCAGGGGUAGUAUACUGCUUAGAGAAUUCCCUCUAGAUGCCUUGUUUGAUGUCAACGCCAUCAUAGCUAAUGUUCUCUUUGCUCUCCUUUUUAAUGAAGUAAAAUAUAUUACACUUCAAGAGGAUCUUUAUAAUGUAGAAAAUACUUUGAAGGGAAAAACCAAUAUAGUCUUCACAUAUGUACGAGCAGUUGGAACACCAGAGCACAGAGCAGUAAUGGAAGCUGCUUUUGUAUAUGGCACAACAUAUCAAUUUGUGCUAACUACCGAAAUUGCCUUCUUGGAGAGUGUUGGCACUGAAGAGACUGAUUUAGUUUCUGCAAGACUUUACUUCUUUCACUGUAAGCCAGUCUUGGAUUUCACCCAGAAGUGCAGGAGAACAUUAUUGGAGCAGCCUCUGACUACACUGAACAUUCACAGGUUUCUGAAGCUAAUGGAAACUCCCCUUUUGGUUGAAGUUGCUGAAGAUCCUGAAAAAGUAUCAACUAUUCAUCUCCAACUUGGUCUGCCUCUGAUAUUUAUUCUCAGUCGACAAGAGACCUAUGCAGAUGAUAAGAGAACCGCAGAAUUAGUUGCUUGGCAUCUUCUGGGAAAAGCUGGAGUCACACUGUUGUUAAGGGAUUCCUGGGAUUCAGAAGUUCUUGGGGAGGCCAAUGUGAUCCUCAAAAAACCAGAAGAGGGUGUACCACUCGAUUUCUUGGUUUUGCAAGAUAUUGAUUCGAUAAUAGCCCUUGUGGAAAGUAAUGUACAAAAUAGUAUACAAAGUGAUCCAAUCCAAGAAUAUGAAGAGGAUGAAAUGGAGAAUCUGGACUUGGAUGUUCAGGACGACCAAGUGGUUGAAACUGUUUACAGAGACAGGAAACGAGAAUUACCUUUGGAGCUCAUAGUAGAAUUGACUGAGGAAACAUUCAACGCUACAAUAUCGGGGACAUCCGACAGUGUAGUAUUAUUCUAUGCUAGUUGGGAAGCUGUGUCCUUGGCAUUUUUGCAGUCCUAUGUAGAUGUGGCAAUUAAAUUAAAAGGAGCACCUAGUAUUUUGCUAUUGAGAAUAAACUGUGGACACUGGUCUAAUGUUUGUACCAAGCAAAAUAUCACAGAAUUUCCUCUUAUAAAAUUUUACCAGAAAGGAGAGAAUCCAGUAACAUAUACUGGCAUGUUAGGAACAGAAGAUCUGCUAAGAUUCAUACUGCUCAACAGGCUCUCCUGUCCCCUGACGAUAGUCAGUAUUGAAGAAGCAGAAGAAUAUCUCAGAGGGAAAUCAAAUAAAGAUUUGACAUCCUAUUGGAGUGUAUCAGUUCUGGGACUAUUUAACCCAAGCAUGACAAAAGCCAAAGAAACCUUCAUUGAAGCAGCAAACAGCCUGAAAGGAUAUGUCAUUUUUGGACUCUAUUCUAAAGAAGAUGCUUUGGUCCUAUCCAAAAAAUAUGCUGUGACUCUUCCAGCUCUGCUGCUUGCUAGACCCCAAGAUGGCCAAAUAGAGAGCAUCCCGCUCACUAACACUAGUGCUCAGGAUAUAAUUCAAACAGUCCAAAAUGCAUUAUUGGAAAUCUUUCCAGAAAUCACAGUGGAAAAUCUUCCCAUCUAUUUAAGACUUCAGAAGCCAUUACUUAUUUUGUUUAGUGAAGGCACUUUAAAUAAAGAGGAUGAAAAAGAAGUGUUGAGUCUCAUAAAACAAAAAUCCCUAGAAGAUUUUACCCCUUGCUGGUUAAACCUCAAAAAUACCCCUGUGGGAAGAGGAAUCCUGAAGGUAUAUUUCAACCAUCCACCGGCCCUACCACUUCUUGUUUUGGUGGAUCUCCCUUCAGGGGGCCGGGUAUUUGCGUUUCCUUCAGACCAGACUUUUACUGAGGCAAAUAUUUUGUCAUGGCUUAAGAAAUUAGAAGCUGGACUAGAGCAUCCCACCACAACUUUACCUGAUGACGAGUGGAAGCCUCCUCUUCCUGCUUACAACUUUCUGAGCAGGAUGGAUGCCAUGAUCCUUCAGUUGUCUACACAGAGUGCUCCUAACUGUAGGAAAACAGCUGAUCAGCAGGAGGAGACAGAGGAACAAUACGAAGACAAAGCAACAGUCAGAACUGAACCCACUGAAUCCACAAGGAUGAAACGUCGGGAAAGAACCAGAUGGUUUAAAGGAGUAGAAAAGCAGACUAAGCAUCACACUGAAUUGUGAUAUCUAGAAUUGACCGGCUGGUGGCAUUUCUGGCAGUUUACCAAAGGCUCCUUAGCCUGUCCUGUUUGACACAUUUUAAAAUACUCUCCUUUUACAUAAGUGUCUUUAAAGUGUGGGGCAGAAAGUGUGUGUGUGUUUGUGUGUGUUUCUAGAGAGAAUAAGUGCAAUAAUUUAAUUCAGUUCCAGUCACCGGAGUGGUCUGUGUUUUUCCAGGCAACAUGGUAUGUUAUAAAAUAACCGUAAUAAUCUCAAUCAUUAAGUUUGGCCUUCAGGUAAGUGAUGGUUGGAGGAAUUGGAAAAAUGUAUUUGACAAUUAAAAUGAUUUUUUAAAAUAUGCAAUUAGUGAUAUGUCUACAUGUAGCUGUGGGUAGGAUUUAAUGUCACUAGUGAAAUUUAUUAUCAUGGCUGGGUAGGAUUAAAUAUCAGUAGCUAAACUGAUUAUCAUGAUAUUUCUGAAAAAAUGAUUUAAAAAAUGGAAGGUUUUCAUGAAGCCUCUCCGGGACCCAAAAUUCUUUAUAUUAAAAAAAAUCUGAUU